UCGCCGCCUUGCUUUCAAUACUUAAUUCAGUAAUUGGUCCAAAAACGGCUACUGCCUUCAAUUAUUGAAGAAAAUACCAGAUACGAAAAACCUCUUUCCAGUUUCUUCGUUGUUCUUCCAUUGGAUCGAAUUCAAAUACCUCUCUCUCGGAUGAUAGAUUUUAGUUUUCUUCUUAUCCUGUUGAGAUCUUAACAUUAGAAUAAUGCAGCAAAAGGAAGCUUCUUCAAGGUCUCAAAGCUCCGCUUAUCUCAACGCGCUCUCCCUAGAAAUUGAGAAAAAGCUUCUGCGGGCAUUAGCGUCUCCAUCUCAGAGACGCAACUUAUUACAAGAACUAUUCGCCGAUAUAGCCUUGGAAGUCGAUGAUCGAGCCAAAGAUAUAAUUCUAAGUAGAGAAGAAGAUGCAAUAUCUCCUGCUGGUCGAUUAUGCUUUUACGAUGUCCUUGCGGAUUAUUAUACUAGAGUGCCUGAGAGCAGAAAGCCAAUCCUUGAUUUGAUUAUGCAACUAUGGAGCCAGUCAUUUGCAUCUCACAUUUUCGCCCUUUUAUUCCAUAAAUGGUUAUUUGAAGUUCAACUGGAUAAUCCAGACGUACAACUACGUUAUUCCUCCGCGCUUGUUCAGGGUGCAACAAAUGUUUUCUGGAUGGAUAUACAAGCCAAUACUAGGUGUUUCCAAUCUCUCUUUCAGUACCUCCUUGAUGAAGUUGCAUUGGAGUCAACACGGUUAAAUAAAAUUCCAGUACAGGCCCAGCGAGAUCUAUACCUUUUACUUUCAAGGUUCAUAUUCUUUUACAACUCAGUCGACAAAAUUGAAAGCUUUGUUAAGCAAUGUCCUGCUUUUCCAAAUGCUUUCCUGGUUGGUGGACCAGCUGAUAUACUUGUUAUUGAACUAACUGACCAGCUUCAAAAAUUAAAGGUGGAGCCAGUCCUAUUGCAUUAUCUUUCGCAGAUUAAGGUUCUCCGAGGCAUGGAACUGAGAAUGGCUACGAGUACAAGGCUGAAAACCUGUCUGUAUAGCUUUACUUCACCUGGUGGUCCGAUGUAUCCUACAAGGGCUGUCCGUCAUGCAGCUUGGGAUGCUUUAGAUUUCCUUUUUCCCGUAGGACGUUACCCUCGACAUCUAAUAAGUUUGUUCUUUAGACUGUUAUAUCCCUGGUAUUGGCCGUCAUCUUGUUGGAACUUUAUAGUGUCUUGCGUAAAGGCUGUUUUCUAUUCUUUGUUGGGAUUGAUCUAUUCUAGGUGGGGGAAACCUAGAGAGCAUAAGUCGGCUUAAUACAUUUUCAAAUAUGGGUUCAGUACUUUGCGCAAAACUUUAGGUUGUAUGAUUACAUGUGUUAAGUAUAGGUUUCUCUUAAUUCUAUUUUUCUUAAUUUUCUUUCUUUGCCCCUUUUAGACAAGGGGCAAGAGUCCUGGUCCUCAUGUAUUUUUUGUUGUUGCAAUGACUACAUAUGCUUUUAGAUUGG